GGCAGUCUGCUUCCUUAAAGAUUACAGCCUCGGAAAUCCUAUGGAGCAAUUCUGCUCUGUCCUAUAGGGUCACUAUGAGUCAGAAUGGAUGUCAUGGCAAAGGGUUUGGUUUUGGUUUAUAGAUUACUGCAGGUCUCCCCAGCAAUUUGUUUACAUUAUUUCUAUGACUGAGAUUGUUAAUCUGAGUCUGGUAAUCCUGUCAAGUUUAAAGUGUUUUUUUCUCAAGUAACGUGUGCAUUAUACAUUUUUUGGCCAACCACGCAACCACCGCAUGCAUUAUUUUCAUAAGCACGCUGUCAAUUUUUUUUUACAUGUUGUUGAUUUCAAUUGAUGCUAAGAAGACAUAAUUAAACUGUGAAAUAAGCAGGCCUAACAUAACCUAAUGGUUUCACUUAAGACAACCUGAUAAGAUUUUCACAUUUAACUGUUGAGCUAAUGUGCUAUAAUUAUCAACUUAAAUUAAUAGAAAUGAAUGCAUAGUUUGUUUCCCAGUUACUGGGGGACUACCAAACUCAAGUCAAUGACUUCUUUACCAUAGCUUGUACUUCAUAAUACACUUAUGAUCAAAAGUAACAUUUUUGAACUAUUUUUAUAUCCUUAAGCAGGAGAUUAAACAAAAUGAACAGAAUGAAAUAAAAUGAACUGAAUGAUAUGAUUCACCUGUAAUACAGAACGACAGAUGAAUGAGGCUGAAAUUCGCUUCUGGAAAUAUCACAAGAUAUGCGUGGUAUACAUACGGGUGUGCUACGCCAGAACUGUUUUACUUAAUUUCAUUAUUUCCGAGUGUUGUAUGUUUGUGCGCGUUAUUUACAUGGGAGCAUUCUUUAGGGGAAAAUAUGGUAUUUGCAAACCUGCGUUUGUAUGAGCUUAUGUACGCACAUAUCCCUAAUACAAGAAAGUCUUUGUUUUCGUAUGAUUUGCAAAGGUAUCUGUGGCUCCAAAGAUUUUUAAAAACCACCUUAGAGAUCGGGAUCAGGUUUUCUGGCUAGCUUGGCUUUGCUGCUGCUCCAUUUGCUUUAUUGUCAGGGUCUUCGUCUUAGAGGAGAGGAGAAGAGGUUAAUUAAAUCUCUUUGUAGCGAAAAAAGCAAUUUCUGUUUAGAGAUGGAACUGAAAAAGAAUUCAGCUUUUGCUAAUUGGUAUAAUGUUUUCCAUAUAAUGCCGUUAAACUUUGCCAUACGGUAAGAAUUAUAAGCAUUACUUCAUAAUCUAUUAACACCCAAUAUCUUGUGGGUUGCAGUGACUUGAGAUCUAGGAAGACGAUCCAACAAAGUACACUGAGAAGAUGUGAUCAGAGAUACAGGAGAACCACCAUAGUGUCCUGUUAAAGAAAUAUAAUAGAGUUUGAAGAAGGGAACAAUCAAUGCUAACAUCUCCAGUGAAUAUUGAAUUGCUGAGGAAUUUGGGAAAAGACACCUGAAGUUUCCAUUCCAUGGAUCCCUUGGGUGCACCUUCCCAGUUUGUGGAUGUGGAUACACUACCAAGUUGGAGUGACUCAUGUGAAGAUGAAUUAAAUUCUUCUGACGCUGAAGCUGAAAAAUUACAGGAAGAUGCUAUUAGAUCACCUUUUCCUUAUAAUAAGGAUAUCAAUGGAAAAGUGGUUCUUUGGAAAGGAGAUGUGGCAAUACUAAACUGUACAGCCAUUGUGAAUACUAGCAAUGAGAGUCUCACUGAUAAGAAUCCUGUGUCAGAAAGUAUCUUCAUGCUCGCGGGGCCUGAUUUGAAGGAGGACCUCCAGAAGCUUAAAGGUUGCCGGACAGGUGAAGCAAAAUUGACAAAAGGAUUUAAUCUAGCUGCCCGGUUCAUCAUUCACACAGUGGGACCUAAGUACAAGAGCCGCUACCGAACAGCAGCAGAGAGUUCCCUGUACAGCUGCUACAGAAAUGUGCUUCAGUUGGCAAAAGAACAGUCAAUGUCUUCUGUUGGAUUCUGUGUCAUAAAUUCUGCAAAACGAGGUUAUCCUCUAGAGGAUGCAACACACAUAGCACUUCGUACUGUAAGGAGAUUUCUAGAGAUUCAUGGGGAGAACAUUGAAAAAGUAGUAUUUGCCGUCUCUGAACUUGAACAGGCUACCUACCAAAAGCUGCUACCUCUGUAUUUCCCAAGGUCAUUGAAGGAGGAGAGUCGGUCAUUGCCACACCUUCCUACAGAUAUUGGAAAUGCAGAAGGGGAGCCUGUGGUACCUGAACGGCAGAUUAGGAUAAGUGAAAAACCUGGUGCUCCAGAGGACCACCAAGAAGAGGAGGAUGAAGGCUUGAGAGUUGAUCUCUCUUUCAUUGGCUCUCAUGCUUUUGCUCGAAUGGAGGGAGAUAUUGAUAAGCAAAGAAGAUUGAUCCUUCAGGGGCAGUUAUCAGAGGCAGCCCUACAGAAGCAGCAUCAAAGAAAUUAUAAUCGCUGGUUAUGUCAAGCAAGAUCUGAGGAUCUAUCUGAUAUUGCUUCUCUAAAAGCCUUAUACCAAACAGGUGUUGAUAACUGUGGUCGCACAGUGAUGGUGGUAGUUGGAAGAAACAUUCCUGUAACAUUAAUAGAUAUGGACAAGGCGCUCCUGUAUUUUAUCCAUGUAAUGGAUCACAUUGCUGUGAAGGAAUAUGUAUUAGUAUAUUUUCACACACUGACCAGCGAAUACAAUCACCUAGACUCUGAUUUCCUGAAGAAACUCUAUGAUGUUGUUGAUAUCAAGUACAAAAGGAAUUUGAAAGCUGUAUAUUUUGUUCAUCCAACAUUUCGUUCAAAGGUGUCAACAUGGUUUUUCACCACCUUUUCUGUCUCAGGACUGAAAGACAAAAUCCACCAUGUGGACAGCCUCCACCAGCUGUUUUCUACCAUAUCUCCAGAACAGAUUGACUUUCCUCCUUUUGUCCUUGAAUACGAUGCCAGGGAAAAUGGGCCUUACUGUACAUCUUAUCCACCAUCACCAGAUUUGUGACCUGCCAUCUUUCAGUGCUGCUGGUUUCUAAGAAUUCCGCUUUCUCCAUGACUCGCUACUUAUUGAAGUGAUAUUCAUUUUUGCUGUACAGAUCCAGAGAGUCUUUUGUGCCCACCUCUCUGGUAUUUUUUUAUUGACUGUAUAUUUUCUGGCACAUAAGCAGUCUAAAAAUGUAGGCCACUUGGAACUACACAGUUAUUUUAAAUUUGUAUAUUUGUAUCAAAUGGAAAUGUUCAUUUUUAGAGAGUUGUUAAUAGAAAUUGGGGAGCAACUUUUUGAGUAUCUUCAGUUUCCUGAAAAGACACUAGAGUCUCCAUUAGACAAGCUACCAAUAUUGUUCGCGCCAUUUCAUCAACAUUGCACACUUCUUUUGUUUACUGAAAUAUUUCUCAAAAUAUGUAGAACAAGUGUGUGCUGACCAGAUGCCUCGUUUGCUUCAGAUCCUGGUGUUAAUACCACUUACAUUUUAUACAGAUAAUUUGGUUAUGAUAAAAGAGAAUUAUCCAGGACCAAGAAUAUGGAAGUGUAUCUACUGGUCAAAAAAAUCAGAAUUGUUACCAGUUGUUACCAAAUAUAGGAUUUGGAAUUUUACUGUAGCGGUCUUAGUUCCUUGGAUUUUAUGAUUAUUAAGAUUGCCACCAUUCUUGUCUGAAUAAUAGGGGAAAAUAAGAAGGCUGUAUCUUCAGCCUUUUUCCUCUAAUCAUGAGUGACUUGGUAUUCUUAUUCAAAAGAGCUACACAGACUAGUACUCUUAAGUGAAGAACUUCUCCCAGGACUCCAUCAGAGGGCGUUUAAAGAGUGUGCUGUCUUCUAGAGUCAUGAAUAUCAUUUGUCUCUUAGUGCUACUACCUAGGGCAUUUUGUAGAAGAGUCUCUUGUGUUGUGUACUUCAAUAUGGAGGAAGUGUGUUAAAUUGAACAGAGCCAGGGACCUGAUAAUUGUCUUUUUCCCAGCCCACUUUGCCACUCAGGCUCUAUUUGUGCCUUAGCUUGCUUAUAAAUAAAAAUUAGAAUUAUGCUACCUACCUCACAGAGGUAUCACAGGGAUAGCAUUUAGAAAGUAUUUGGAUGUCUUUGGAUAAAACAGUAGAGAAGUUUGUGUGGUGGAGUGUCUAGUUAGUUUUUAAAUGGGAAUAAAUACACAUGAGGAAGUGCUACAAGCCACUCCUCUUGUCCUUGGCACCUUUUGAGUGAUUUUUCUUUCAUGGGACAAGAGCUGUUAGUUCAAAAUCCCAAACAUGAGGACCUCUUCCUUCUCCAGAAUUUCUUCUGGCCCACUUCUCCCCCAAUGCUGCACUUUUUAACAAGAGGCAUCUGUUAGCCAUUUUAAACAUUUUUUCUUGAAUUAAGGUCAAACCAUUAUCAUUUCCAUCUGAGUGCCUUCAUCCUUCUUUUGAUUCCUACACCCACCCCCAUCUCCGUCACCCCAUCAUGUACAUUGGCAGUUCACAGAAGAAACAGUGGAACUCUUCUAUUGCAGUGUGCUCAGGAUCAUUGCUUCCAAGAAUCUCAUUCCCCUAUACCCAAAUUAAUUCCUCAGUGGGGGGAAAAGAAACAUACUUCUCUUCAUUUAUGAUAGGAAAAUCCCCCUGUAUUUGUGUUAACCCCAUCCUUUAUUUUCCCAUAUAAACAAGAAGGGGUUUUACAUUUCUUUAGGUAAGCGCUCUUUUCUUGUACAGGUGUUGGACGUAUUUGCUUUGUGUCAGAAAUCAAAAUCAGUUGUUCUUGUGUAUGCUUGUAUGUUAAGGUCUUCCUGUUUUGUUCCCUAGGCCAUCAGGUCCAGGCAACCAGUCAAGUGUUGGGUGUUAAGUUUCCCCUCAAAUAAUACUCCUUUAACCUCUUGAGCUUUGCGCCUUCAAAACCUGAAACAUUAGGCUCAUCCUGUCAAUUGGUAAAUCAUAUUUAAGGUAUCUUUUUCACUAGAAGCAGCUAUAAAAAUAUGCCAGAUUUUCUGUGUUAAAGCUGGACUAGGCUGCCAUAAGUUGGCAUCUGUCCUGAACCACUUCCUCUGUAGAGAGGGGCGGAUGACUCAGUAAGCAACGUAAGCACAGGCUUACUUGUGCUUGCUUACUAAUCUGAAACUAAAGUGAAACUCAUGAAAUUAGUAAGUAAGCACAAGUAAGCCUGUGCUUACCUUGCUUGUUGGAUAAUCCUAUCCUGUCUAUAAAUAAUAGAGACUACAAGCUACUUUGACAUUUGAAAGGAAGCAAAUUUAUAUAUACAAUUUCUUACAGGCAAUAAUUUGAAAGGAUGUUCCUUUGCUAUGUUCGUACUACAUGUUUAGUAACACAAGCAGGAUUCUACAUAUGCUGAGACUCUUGUACAAUUGAUGUCCUAAAGUAUAAAGGUGGUAUGAGACUAUAUACAUAUCAGUAGGAUUUCAUAAUUUAAUGGUCACUGAAAAUAAGGGCCACUCUUCUCAAUGAAACUGAAUUUGUUAUGGGACCAAGUUCGUGUUUUUAUAGUUGUCAGAAGUGUAUGUAUUGAAGUUAUUUCAGUGUACUAAAUCCUAGGAGGGGAAACAUAGUGACAUUGGUAUUGAAAUGAUUAAGUAAUGUUCAGUAUAUAUCUGCCUUUGGCAAAAGGUUAGAUAGCCUGGAUAACACACACCAUUUUCAAGGACACAUUAGAGGAUAAAGGGGUGGCUGGGUGGAGAUGACCAUUAGCAUCUGAUGUUGAUUCAAAGCACUACCGCGUCUUAAUUAAACUUUGGCUAUGCCAAAUGCUAGUUGAAUUGCUGAAGACACAACUUAUACAAAAUAUUAAGUUCAUUAAUUCAUGUGAGGCAUAGUAUGAUUUUUCACAGCAAAUACAUUUCUAGCAUCAGCAUAUGUUUGGAUUCUUUUUAAUUCAUCUAUAUCCAAGUUGCUUGAUAGUGAAAAUGAUCUCUUAAAGCUCGGUCUUUAUUAGACUCUAAGAGAGCAAGUGGUUCAUAUUUUAAUUAUUUUCUUUAAUAUGUUUUAUUGGCUGAUGCUCUGUUUCUUUUAUCGAAGGAAUCCAUCUACAGUAUUUUGAGAGUAAUCAACACAGGAUUUUUAGAAUAUUUUUGGUAGGAAAAACAGAUGUAGAUUUUUGAUCAAGUUUCUGAAGUCUAAAAGGAAUAAAAUGUCUCCCCUUUCUAUAAAGAUAAUUAGUACAAAAAUAUGGCUUGCCUAUUUCUGCUUGUCUUCUAUUUACAUAGAUAUCAUUUAAUGAAUUCAAACUAUAGGUAAUCAUUCAGUUGUCUUUGUUACCAUUAACAGGAAAGUGAUAAAAUGUAAUAUUAAGUCCAAGCUAAAGAUCACCCUUUUUGUUUCCCUGAUACAUUGUGUAUGUAUGUACGUACAGUUUGAAUUGCUUAAUAUGUAAACAGAAAUUAGAAUUUGAAGUACCGGAAACUGGUUCUGGGAACAGGGAAUUGACUGUAUUAAAGACCAAAAAGACUACAAGAUAACCUCUAAAAUUGGGUUAGCCAGGUGAGUUGCAGAUUCUAGUUGUCUUAAGUUAUAAUCAGCAUACACUAGGGUACUUCCACUGUACUGAGACUAAUGCAGCCUUAUGGUGUAUGUUUGACUCUUGGUUUGCAGUUGCCUGAAAACAUGAAGGAGGAUGAAGAAAAGUUCUACCUAUAAUCUAGAUCAUACCAUAAACCCGAGAUGAUGAGUUGCCUACUAGCUCUCACCAUAUAUAUAUAUGGUUAUAUAUAAAUAUAUAUAUGUGUAUGUAUAUAUGCACACACACACACCAUAAUCUGCCUUGUUUUACCUUCUUUGAGAGAGUCAUUUCUGUGGUCCAUGUUAAAGAACAUAGAGCAAUAAAUAACACACUUCAAGCUUUGAUUUUUACUGAAAUAGCCCUUAAACAGAUGGUAUCAGGAUCAUUUUAAAUAUUAAUAGUUCUCUUGAAUAUUAGUUGUUAACUUUGUUUCUCUACUUCUGAGGACAGCAUCUUUGAGUCUUUUUAAGUACAGUAAGCCCUGGUGGCAGAGCAGUUAAAGCAUUCAGCUACUAACCAAAAGGUCAGCAGUUUGAACCCAUCAGCCUCUCCAUGGGAGAAAGA